AUGUCUCCUCCAGCAGCUCUCUUUGAACCCUCCUCCCCUGUUGCUACUAGCAAUGGAUUCAAGGGCAAGUUGGCCUAUGAGCCUGUGACCGUGACUGGCCAGGCCCAACAGGCUAAGCUUCUUGAGGAAUUUGGAGGCAAAUGGGACAGCUUUAAGUUUGCUCCUAUUCGCGAGAGUCAGGUGUCUCGUGCCAUGACCCGUCGCUACUUCAAUGACCUGGACAAGUACGCUGAGAGUGACAUUGUUAUCGUUGGUGCUGGAUCCUGUGGUUUGAGCACUGCCUAUGUCCUCGGAAAAUCUCGUCCAGACUUGAAGAUUGCCAUUGUCGAGGCAAAUGUCUCCCCUGGUGGUGGAGCUUGGCUAGGAGGCCAGCUGUUUUCAGCAAUGGUUAUGCGUAAACCUGCCGAUGUGUUCCUCAACGACCUCGGAGUCCCCUACGAGGAAGACGAGUCCAACCCCAACUACGUCGUGGUGAAGCACGCCGCGCUGUUCACGUCGACUUUGCUUUCCAAGGUCCUCUCGUUCCCCAACAUCAAGCUCUUCAAUGCCACCGCCGUCGAGGAUCUGAUCACUCGUCCCGGCCAGAACGGUAUCAAGGAUACCCGCAUUGCCGGUGUCGUCACCAACUGGACUCUGGUCACCAUGCACCACGAUGACCAGUCUUGCAUGGACCCCAACACCAUCAACGCGCCUCUCGUGAUCAGCACCACAGGUCACGACGGCCCCUUUGGCGCCUUCUGCGCUAAGCGUCUCGUUUCAAUGACCGCCAUCGAGAAACUCGGCGGUAUGCGCGGCCUGGACAUGAACUCGGCCGAGGACGCCAUCGUCAAGAACACUCGCGAAGUCACCAAGGGCCUCAUCAUUGGCGGCAUGGAGCUUUCGGAGAUUGAUGGCUUUAACCGCAUGGGCCCGACUUUUGGAGCCAUGGUGCUGAGCGGUGUCAAGGCUGCUGAGGAGGCUCUCCGAGUCAUCGAGGUUCGCAAGCGCGAGUGUGCCGAGUAG